AUGGCAGCGCCAGUUUCCGUCCCCGAUGUCAUCGCGUCUAUUACAUCUCAUUGGUCGCCACACCUCGUCGCCACAACCAACGAUCACGAUGUCAAGGUCGUCAAAAUUGACGGUGCUUUCAUAUGGCAUGCCCAUCAGAACACCGACGAGCUUUUCUAUCUCAUUUCUGGAAAGCUCACAAUGGAAAUGGAGGAAGGAGCCGCUCUGGGAGGAGCCAGAGCAGAGACCCGCAAAAUUCUCAUGAAGCCAGGCGACAUGUUCAACGUGCCAAAGGGUGUCAGGCAUCGGCCUGUCGCAGAGGAUGCUGUGAUCAUGGUGAUAGAGAAGGAGGAUACGGUCAACACAGGAGAUCAGGUGGACUCUGAGAGAACAAGAGUAGACAAGGAUGCGCGUUAA